UAUAUUAUGAAAACCCUAACCACGACUCAGUUUGUCAUUUUAGAGUUUUCGCUGCUAAUCAGAGCCAACCGGAGCGCGGCAGCCAUCGUCACACCGCCAAACUGCCACCAUGGGUCGUAUGCACAGUCGAAGUAAGGGUAUUUCAGCUUCAGCUCUUCCAUACAAGAGGACUCCACCAAGUUGGCUAAAAAUCUCUGCUCCUGAAGUUGAGGAUAACAUCUGCAAGUUCGCCAAAAAGGGUUUGAAAAAGUUUAGCCUAACAUCUAUGAAAUAGCACAAACAUAUCUUGAGCACAUAAAAUUAAUUUUAGGGAUACUGAAUUCCUAUAUUGGGACAUUAGGAAAAGAGAGAUUUUUAUUGUUUUGCCGGAAAUAGAGGUUUAGUGAAGAAAGAGGUAAUUGGAGCCAAUUGGUUAUUCCGUGUUCACUUCUCUGCUCACUUUCCGACUUGUACGUUGUCGCCUCCUAUUUCAUCCUUUGACAUCCUUCCUCUCUUCUCCUCUGCUUCCUGCUUUCCCUGCUUCAAUGGACUCUACGGGUUUUCACAAACCUUCUUCUUCAUCCUACUCUGUGUUUUCUCAUUCCAAUCCAAGUGGUAGAGGAAGAGGAAGGGGACUGGACACGAGGGAUAAUAAAGAAAGAUCAGGGGGCGGUGGCGGUGCUGGCAGCUCCGGCAAAGAUAAACUUGACGCUCUUGGAAGACUAUUGACACGCAUUUUGCGGCACAUGGCCUCUGAGCUAAAUUUGAAUAUGAGGAAUGAUGGGUAUGUGAACGUACAAGAUCUGUUAAAGCUAAACUUAAAAACAUUUGCGAAUGUCCCAUUGAGGUCACAUUCAGUUGAUGAUGUGAAAGAGGCCGUACGGAAGGAUAACAAGCAAAGAUUCGGCCUUUUGGAAGAAAAUGGAGAGCUUCUGAUACGUGCCAACCAAGGCCAUACAGUAAAGAUAGUUGAAACUGAAAGCUUACUGAAACCAAUCCUUUCAGCUGAUGAAGUUCCAGUUUGUGUACACGGCACUUACAAGAAGAACUUGGAGUCAAUUUUGGAGCAUGGGCUCAAACGCAUGAAAAGGUUACAUGUUCAUUUCUCAUGUGGCUUGCCAUCAGAUGGUGAGGUAAUUAGUGGAAUGAGGCGAGAUGUUAAUGUCCUCAUCUUUCUUGAUGUGAGAAAAGCUUUGGAAGAUGGAAUGAAGCUUUAUAUCUCAGAAAACAGAGUUAUCUUGACAGAGGGUAUUGAUGGCGUUGUGCCAGUGAAGUACUUCCAGAAAAUGGAGUCAUGGCCAGAUAGAAGACCUUUGUCAUUAUAGAAUAUGUCUCUUGUUCACUCUUCCUUUUCCUUUUGCAUCCGUUUUUCUUCUUAUUCCCUUGCACUACACUUACCCACUCCGUACCCAGGGCCAAGAGGAAAAAGGAGGCAGGUUAUAAUGCCCUGUGGUGUCGUAAAACAUAUAUUGUGAUUAGAUAUUCAUUACAUAUUUUGCCCUUUUAUUAGGAAAGAAUUAUAUGAAA